UUUUUUUCAUUGUUUUACGAAAAAUUUAGAGGUCAAAAAGUUUACAGAAGCAUAUACACAUUGAACGGAUAGAAGUGGAUGAAAAAGUCUCGAGGGACGUCCACCUUGACUCCAAUUUUUCUUCGCGAGAUACAAGACAACCUUCUUUCCCAUUCGCUCCUGUUUAAGAUCUCCGGUCAAGGUUUCGAGGAAAAAAUCAGCCACGUGUAUCCAUUCGCAAGCGGCUCGUGCAAAAUUGUUUGCUCGUUAACACGUGUGGCAAAUUUUUCGCGAGAUUUCACGCAUCUUUAGAAGACUGGAAAUGCAUUUCCAGCGGAUCUGUCAUUCAUGAUUGUUCAUCCGCAUACGAUAUGCGUCUUCGAUAUCAAUCCCGCUCACAAGUUAUUGAAAUUGGAGUGAUCUCGGUAUAUAAUAUAUUCGGUUAUACGGAUUAAUAUCGAACGAAUAAUACCGUAUAUCGAGAAAAAAAGGAAAAAUGGACUCCUGCUUCCCGCAUUUGACGAUAUUGAAUCCGCGUAAUACGAAUAAAUUGAGAGACGAGGGAUGCAACGUCAUAAGUGCCGAAGAUACCCGCAUUCAAUCAAGGACUCCGACCCUCCAGGGAAAGAAUGAUGUGUUUCAAGAUUUGGAUCUGUAUUACGUUCGACAAAUUGCUCGAAAUUCAAAGGAGCAUGAUCUUGAGCAGAAGAUCGAGGUGGAAAUCAAGAUAGAGGGCUCAGCGAGACUUUUGGCGGCCGCAAAGCAUCGUGCCCAGAGCUUGGAAGCCGCCAAAGCGUUGCUUAUAUCGAACGAGAGAAUGUCGGUUUACAUGGCGGAAUUGCAAAGUCGUCGUCGCGAAUCUAUUAAAAAGCCGUGUAAUUCUGGAACUACGGGCAAACUAUCGAUUUCGGAUCUUAGAAUACCUUUAAUGUGGAGAGAUUCCGAUCACUUCAAGAAUCGUGGAGAUCAUCGCCGAUUCGCUGUAUUUUGCUUAGCGCGAUUAGGCACGGAAAUUCACGAUACAUCCUUAUUGUGUCCCAUUGACAGGGCUCAUACGGAUAUCAGUUUUCCCGAUAUUCUAAUAUUUAACAAUGUGCCUGCCGAAUUUGAAUUAGUCUUAGAAAUCUAUAGUCACGUUUUGCAAGAGGAUUUAAGUAUCGCUAGUACGCCAAGAAGAAUAAAAAAGACGAUUCAUUCGUCGAUCUCGAAAACAGUUGGCAAAAAACUUGCCGCUUCCCUUCGUGACGAAUUCAGUUCCACCAAAUCUGGGCCACACUUUGACUUAGUAGCUCGUGCAAAAUUGACUCUAGAUGACACGGACGAUAACAUUCACACGCAUGACCUCAUUAUUAAUAAUAUCGAGCAUAAAUAUCACUCUUUGCCACUUUUCGGUCACUUUUGUUGUCGAUUGGCGGCACAACCAGAUUGUAUCAGCAAGGAAAUAGGCAUCAGCAAUGUAAAGAUAGAUGAUCAAGAUUAUUGGACUCGCUUACAAGGUUUUUAUAUAAAAAUGUGGGAAUCGAAAAAACAUGCAGAAGAAGGUCAAAAUCCGGAGCAUGUCAUACCAAUUAAUAAAAGAACAUCCAUUCGAUUAUCUAAGUCCUCUAAAGAACUUUUGAUAAAUAAUUCUGGCAAUAGCAUCAACAAAUUAUUGUCUAUUAAAUUUGAAUCAAAGGAAGAUGCUCAAAAAUGGAUGAUGCUUUUAUCGGCACAUAUUAAUGACCAUUUGAGAUGGAAACAUGCUGCAGAAGUUGUUCAAAGGGUGUCUAGUAUUGAAAGUACAAGAAAUUCUUUUAUCAGCAAUAAAAGACAGGGCUCUUUAUACGAUGAGACACCUUUAAUUGAAUCAAUCCCAUCGGAUUACACAUCCGCAAGAUCUACUGUACAAACUAUUUUUGAUCUCACACCUAGUACUAGUCUAAGCAGUUGUAGUUCCACAAAUAGCCUAACAAGCCUGCGUUCCCGUUCACUGAGUAUCAGUGGUGCGUUUAAACAAAGUGCCAUUACAUUGAAAUCUCAUUUAACUUCUUCUAAUAAGAAUGUGUAACGAUUUUACGCGCGCGUGCAUUCUUUCCGAAGAAUCAACAUGUCCGACAAGUACAGAAUUAUUGCAUAAAGAAAUGAAUAUACCAAGGUUUUUCAAUUUUCUAUAUAUCAGGCUUUUCUGCAAUCUGGUAUUGAUACAUCUGAUAUAUUAGAGGAAUUGAUAUAUUUAAAUAUUUUAUGAUUUUGAAUCAAAAUGAAAAAUAAAUAUAUAUUGUUUAUAUAGAUGACAUCUUUCUCAAUUUAAAAUACAUUUAUAGAAAUAUAGGAAAAAUUGUAAUUUGGCUGAAAACAAUAUGUUAGUAAUACGUAUCACUUAAUAAUUCGAUAUUUAUCGAUAUGUAAAAAACUUGUUGGAUAUAGAAGAGUACAAAAGAUUUUGAUUUUAAAUGGUUUCUCACUUUUCUCUUUUCUACUUUUAUAAUACAAAACUUUAUUAAAGAAAGUUUAACAGCAGCCUUAUCAUAAUGCUUUUAUGAGUUUAUUAAAAAAAUAAAAGCAUUGCAAUAUUUAGUGUGGCUGUAAUAAGAAUACACAUAUAUCUACAUGUGUAAUAUAUAGAAUUUAUAUAAUACUGAUAAUAAUAA